AUGUCGAAUAUAGCACCAGCAGUGGCCCGUCAGACACUGCGCCAAUGUAGCCGCCGAGCCUCCUCCACCACCACAUCCUUUGCCACCUACACCACCCCACGAUGCAUUUCUUCGCGAGGACAACGACAUUAUGUCUCCGAGUCGAGCCCGAAGAAGGCCACGGUCAAUGUCGAGAGCACGAUCCGCGCCGAUCAGAAGGCUUUCCUGGCUGAGACGGGGAUGAGGGGCAAAGACACCACACUGCCUGGGUCCGGCUUACCAGGAGAUAUGGCCAUGAGUCCCUCCGCGGGCAUCCUGAAGCAGGCGACUGUGAUGGAUGAAGGCACACGGCCGAUAUACUUGGAUAUGCAAGCUACCACACCCACUGAUCCGAGGGUCCUGGACGCUAUGCUACCUUUCCUUACCGGCUUGUACGGCAACCCUCAUUCCCGGACACACGCCUACGGAUGGGAGACGGACGUGGCUGUUGAGCAAGCGAGGGCGCAUAUCGCGAAUUUGAUUGGUGCGGAUCCGAAGGAGAUCAUCUUCACAAGUGGCGCUACAGAGAGCAACAACAUGAGCAUCAAGGGUGUCGCCCGCUUCUUCAAGCGAAGUGGCAAGAAGAACCACAUCAUCACAGCACAGACGGAACACAAGUGCGUGCUGGACAGCUGUCGGCAUUUGCAAGACGAAGGGUUCGAGGUCACAUACCUGCCUGUCCAGAGCGAUGGCCUGAUCAGUAUGGAGCAAUUGGAGCAGGCCAUGCGACCAGAGACUUGUCUCGUCUCCAUCAUGACUGUCAACAACGAGAUCGGAGUGGUGCAGCCGAUGGAGGAGAUUGGACGUCUCUGCCGAAGCAAAAAGAUCUUCUUCCACACCGAUGCAGCGCAGGCCGUAGGCAAGAUCCCGAUCGAUGUCAACAAGAUGAACGUGGACCUCAUGUCCAUCUCCGCACACAAGAUCUACGGACCCAUGGGUAUCGGCGCUUGCUACGUGCGCAGACGGCCAAGAGUGAGGAUCGACCCGAUCAUUUCUGGUGGUGGGCAGGAGCGUGGAUUGAGGUCUGGUACUAUCGCGCCACCACUGGUCAUUGGCUUUGGAGAAGCGGCGAGGAUCUGUAAAGAGGAGAUGGAUUAUGACACCCAUCGCAUCUCCACCCUCUCGAACCGUCUCAAGGAUGGUCUACUGGCUAUGGAACACACCUCCCUCAAUGGCCACCCAGACAGGCACUACGCUGGUUGCGUCAACGUCUCGUUCGCCUACGUCGAGGGUGAGAGCUUGCUGAUGGCUCUGAAAGACAUCGCUUUGUCAUCCGGCAGUGCCUGUACGUCUGCGUCGUUGGAGCCUAGCUAUGUGCUUAGGGCACUGGGGAAUAGUGAUGAGAGUGCGCAUAGUUCCAUUCGAUUUGGGAUUGGGCGCUUCACUACUGAUGAUGAGAUUGACUACGUACUCAAGGCGGUACAAGAGCGUGUCACGUUUUUGAGGGAGUUGAGUCCGUUGUGGGAGCUUGUGCAGGAGGGGGUAGAUUUGAACACUAUUGAGUGGAGCCAGCAUUGA